ACUAGUGACGCAAUCGACAUGAAAACCUAAUGGACGUGCAUUCUUCUCUUCAACCCAACUGUGACAUAAAUAAACUUGCGUUAAUCUAUGAAAACCAGACUGCCAUUGGAGCUAACUCACAUUCAAAACUCAGGAAUUGACAACACCAUGAGGUCGGUAAUUACUGGUUACGCAACCAUAUGCGCAUGCUUGCCCCGCCUCCAUUACCACCAAUCUCUAGUCUUACCAACAAAGCUGUGGCUGCCGCCGACGAAAAUGGCGGCCAUUAAAAUCAACCUUACUCGACCGUUGCGCUGCUGUUGCAGCUCCGCAUCUAAUUCGAGCAUGGAAACCUCGUUGCAGAGCAGCCAUGACCAGGCUACUCCAUCUCGACGAACGCCCACUCCAAGUCAAGCCCGACCUCCUAUCCUUGUGGAAAAUUUAAAGAGAAAUUCAGAAUCUCCUAAAGGUUUAACUCUACAAUCUUCUAGACUGAGUGUAUUGCUGAAGAAGUUGGAAGAACUUGGCAUUGAAGGUCACAACUCCAUGCCCGGCCAACACUGUAGUUUAUUAUGUCCCAUGUGCGCUGGUGGUGAUUCGGGUGAGCGUUCCUUGUCUUUGCGGAUAAGUGAAGAUGGAAACUCCGCUGUGUGGCUUUGUUUUCGUGGAAAAUGUGGUUGGCAGGGCAAUACAAUGGCUAAAGCUGAUGUACGGCUGUCUCGUGGGAAGUUGAAACGAACUAUAAAAGCUGAAAAAAGAGAACUGACAGAGAAGAGUCUUGGUCUAGAGCCACUUUGCGAUGUGCUACUGUCAUAUUUUGCAGAGAGAAUGAUAACUCCUGAGACAUUGAGGAGAAAUAAUGUUAUGAAGAAAUCAGAUGGUUACCAGAUGGUCAUUGCAUUUACUUAUUGGCGAAGUGGAGUUCUAGUUAACUGCAAGUAUCGUGAUGUCAAGAAGAAGUUUUGGCAGGAAACUGAUACUGAAAGGAUAUUUUAUGGGCUGGAUGAUAUAUUGCAUGCAAGUGAUAUCAUCAUUGUUGAAGGUGAGAUGGACAAGCUCGCCAUGGAAGAAGCUGGAUUCCGUAAUUGUGUUAGUGUGCCUGAUGGCGCACCAUCUAGAGUUUCGGAUAAGGAUGUUCCAUCUCCUGAUCAGGACACAAAGUAUCAGUAUUUGUGGAAUUGUAAGCAAUACUUCGAUAAGGCCUCUAGAAUAAUAUUAGCAACUGAUGCAGAUGCUCCUGGACAAGCAUUGUCUGAGGAGCUUGCUCGCCGUCUAGGAAGAGAAAGAUGCUGGCGAGUCAAGUGGCCAAAGAAAAAUGCAUAUGAGGACUUGAAGGACGCAAACGAGGUACUUAUGUAUUUGGGGCCAGAAAAGCUCAAAGAAACAGUUGAGAAUGCUGAGCCAUAUCCAAUUAGUGGGUUGUUUACUUUCAGAGACUACUUUAAUGAAAUUGAUGCAUAUUACGAUAGGGCUCUUGGUGAUGAGCUUGGUGUUUCAACUGGUUGGAGGAGUUUGGAUGAAUAUUACAAUGUUGUACCUGGUGAGUUGACAGUUGUGACCGGUGUUCCUAACUCAGGAAAGAGUGAAUGGAUAGAUGCUUUGUUGUGCAACCUAAACGAAAGUGUUGGUUGGAAGUUUGCCCUUUGCUCAAUGGAGAACAAGGUCCGUGAACAUGCAAGAAAACUUUUGGAGAAGCAUAUCAAAAAACCAUUUUUUAAUGUUAGAUAUGCUGAAUCUCUUGAGCGCAUGUCUAGAGAAGACUUGGAGCAUGGAAAGAAAUGGCUCGACGAUACAUUUCAUCUUAUACGGUGUGAGAAUGAUAGCCUUCCCAACAUCAAAUGGGUCCUUGACCUUGCAAAAGCUGCAGUUUUGAGGCAUGGUGUGCGUGGACUAGUAAUUGAUCCGUACAACGAGCUUGACCAUCAGCGUCUCCCCAGCAUCUAAUAGUAGAAGAAGAGAAGAUGGAGGACAAAAGGAGAGCAGAUUUACAAAGAAAAGAAAAGUCACCUGAUAUGCACUUUCUGUCACAGCUGGCCUUGCUAUUAGAUCUUUAUUCUUAACCCUAAUUUUCAAUCUAGAUUUUUUCUUUGUCAGAUAAGAAAUUUAGAUUUGGGGUUAAAUUUGAACCAGUUUGAUUGAAUCAUUUGAGGGCUUUUGAUUGAAUUGGAGUGUUUUAGCUGUGCAGAUUCAAUUAUAUAAAAUUCUUUUUCCUUUAAAUUAAGAAGCUAAAUACUUUACUGUCUCAUGAUUUAAGAUGAUGAAAGCGCUCAAAACGGGUGCCGCUGGGUUGGCACAUUUUGGUUGCCUCUGUACUUCAAACAGAUGUGCUUAGCGCGUAACCUUGUUUCCUCACUAUAAGAGAGUAGCUACCGAAACAAUUCUAUAAGGAGGUUUCUUUAUUCAGAUUACAUGGGGAAGAACCCAUCACUUGCCUUCGUCUUCUAUUUUUUAAAGAUGGCAUUUGAUUUCUUUCUGUAAUUAAUGUGGACAUCAAAUCAACGAAAAUGAAAUAAUUGAAUAAACCAAAACCAAACGGCUUUCAGUAAAUUAGGAUUCUAAUUAGGACAAUUACUUACUAAUACACAUGCCAUUUAGCAAAACAUCGGCAGCAAUUAAAUUCAUUACAACUGGCUAGAAUUAUUCAAUUAAUCCCCUAACUACCUGACUUUAAGAAUGAGGCCGAACAAUGUGAUAUCCUUUUAAAACAGUUAAAGAAGACAUUAUAAGAAGGCCACUGUCCAACUUGUAUUAUUACACUGUAACAAGAUGAGAGGCCAGUGCUGGCCAAACUAACUUCAAUCUGAUGCGAGUGUGGCUCAUCCCCAUUUCUUUGAAUUUACUCCUAUUACAUUAUUGUUGCUUCACUUUUGCUUAUAUUUGCUUGAAUUUUAAUUUUCUGUUAUAGAAAGUUCAUAGGAGUUUUGAAAAUGGCAAAAAAAGGGGUGAAAAAAAACUAAAUUUAAAGAAAUUGCACCUUAUAUUAGUUGAUAGAUGCACACCUUUUCUUUGGGCCUUGUGUGGGCUCUAAGCACGUGUUCAUUCUUGUGAAGCUUAACGAUGCUGUCCAAUUACAAAUUUAGGAUUAGGGUAAUAUAGCUCAAGCAUUCUGGCUACCCUAGCCUAAUUUUAUCUUCAAAAUAAAACUAAAAAUGAAAAUGUGUUGUAACUGCAUAGCGCAAAAACUGGCCGCAUUUCAUCACAUUGGCCAAAUUGGUUUUUCAAAAAACUAAAUUGAUGUUUCUUAAGAGGAAUAUUUCAUGCUUUUGGCCGAUUUUUGACAUUACAAUCAUUGCAUCACUCCCGUUACCGCAUAACCGUGUCGUUAUUAUGAUUGCAACCAUUACCACAUGUUUGCACUAUGGUAAAACAACUUUGCUCUAGCUUGUAAUUAUGCACACAUCUCUUAAAGAAUUUAAACCUGGUAGGGAAGGAUUCCUCAAAUCCGAUGUUUUUUUUUUCUAAGUGUGUCAUCAAAUUGCCAACAGGCUGCUCUUUCUUAAUGCUUCAUUUUGAAGCUACAAGAAUUUCUCUAACAGAAGAGAAGUGCCAAUUUAAAUAUAAAUUUUAAUCCCUGUUCUGGUUUCAUUUACAUAUGUAUAUAAUCUGCAAAAGACCUAUGAUACUGUGUUUCAUAUUGGGCAGACCGUGUAAUUGAUCUAUUAUUAUCUGCUGUAUUGGGUUUCCUUUUCCUGAUGCUGCUUUUUUAAUAGCAUAACAUGUUGGGUGGGCCCAAGAGAGGCGAGAGAUAGAAAAAUGUGAAUUUUUCCAAAAGGGGAAAUGGGACAAUCUCAUGAAGAAUAACUAGAAAGAGGACUGCAGAAAAUUGAAAAGGACAGAGGGUGUAGGUAUCUCAUGAGGACUGAUCUUGUCAUCAAUUGGACACUGUCUUUUUGAUGGCUUUUGAUAUUGGUCAUCUUCCAGUAGUGGCUAAUAUGGAGUUCGCGAGACAUUCAUCUGUUUUUGCUGACUUAAAUGCUUUCUUGAAGUUACGGAUUUUAAUAAGCAAUAUUU